AUGGCUGAAUUAGACCGGGAUUUGUUCUCGGGCAUCUUCUCACCUCAGCCGUGUGAGUUGCAAGGCACGCCACCGUAUGGGCGAGUGCGACACGUGCGGUCCUCGCAAACGCCAGGUGUCCCGAGCACACUGGACACCUCCACACCCGUUGAGUCACCCACUGCCGCUCUCGGCCGUCCACGAACGCAUCAGAGGGAUAUCGUAAAUCGACCGAAACUCGGUUUUCUGCCUCUAGAGAAAUGGAAUAGAGAUGUACGCUAUGAUGAAGAUCCGCCCAUUUACCUGCAAUAUUCCAUUCAAUGGUCGGCAACGUCGUCGGCAUCAUCGUCGAAUGGGAAAGAAUUCGUAAGGGAUACAGAGCCUGAUGUAGUGCUGAGCCCAGAAGACUACUGGAAGCAGCGCUUGCAAUCUCGAGUGAACGAACUCGUGAGGAAAGAGCUCGGGUCCAACACCGCUUAUCAGGUCGGUCACACCGUUUUGACCGUUUCGGUGGGACGUGCUGCGCGGAAGCUCGUCAAACGGUUUGAAGAGAAUAUUGAAUGGCAAGUGAUUGACAAUCAGCUGACACAGUGGGCCGAUUUAUUCCAGUCGGGCAAGAAACUCCGAGUGGACAUCACCUUUCACUAUAUUCUGCCAAACCAGCAACCCGUCAGCGCUCUCUCUCAGCCAGGUAGGAAGAAGAGCACGUUGUCCGCCACACAGCGGAUGCGACAGCGACGUCUUAAUCAACUUCAUGCCCAACAAGAGAGUACCGGUGAGGCUGACACUUACGCGGAUGUGUACCGUGUCAUGCGUUGUCCCAAUUCAUGCGCUAAAGGACCUCACUGUUUUGUUGAUCCGGUCAGCAAGCGGCACUAUAAGAUGUUCACGUACCACUUAGAAGAUCUCGUAGAACGCAAGCUGAACGGCAUGACGCUCAACAGCCAGGAUGAUGUGCCUGAUGAUUUUCGUCGACAACUUUUCGCCGAGGAACGUCAGAGAGGCGAGCCCGGUCAAGCCAAGUCAGCCAAGUCAGCCGUCGGCAUGACUCCCAUCACGAUUAACAACCACUUUCCAGACUGUCCUCCGUGCUCUGCUCCUAAGUCGUCGACAGACGGUGGUCAUGAGCAAACCUCAACACAAGCAACGGGACCACUCGACAUUCCAAGCCCGCUCGAUUUGAGGGUCCGAGAGUACAGUACGUGGCAAAAGUCACGGGUGGAGGACCCGAAGUACAAAGCAGACGUCGACAAGGCCUGCACCGCAACCCUGGAAGACUACCGCGAUCUGCAGCAGAUUUAUAGCGAGCAAGACGUUACAUUCCUAGUCGAGAAAGGCGUCCGUGUCGGUACUGCCAAGCGCUUUAUCAAUGACAUCCCCGUGUGGGCCAAGCGUCGCCGAUGCAACGACUAG